CGGAUGGUGACCUCCUCCCUGGCCAGUUGCCUCCACUUCGUUCCUCCUCAAACCCUUGGUACCGGAGCGCGCGAGAAUGGAUGAAACCGUUGCACUCUCCUAUUGGGAUUACGCUAAUUUUCUCCUCCUUCGUCCCUUUGCCGCUCUUCUCUUCACCCUCUCCCUACUCUUCUUCGGAUGGUUUUUGGCAUGGAAGCUGGUGCUGGUUCAUGUGCCUCUGGUGCAGGAGAUCUUUGGCCUCAGGAAGAAGCCUGUCAAGCCAAAGCCUGCUAGCAGAAGAAGAAUUACUCAAUUUUACAAUAGAAUGAAUCCCCAACAUCUCUCCUAGAAUGUUUCAAGAAAUUGAUGACGAUGUUGGGUUUUGAUGGUAGUGCUCUGAAGAGAACUAUUGGGUGUGGCUACAUUGGGGAAGCUAUGGAGUAUUAUAUAAAUCAAUUCAUUCUGUAAAUAGUAUUGAACGAAAACCCUGUAUCAAUAUACAUAGGAUUAUGAUAAUCUAUAUGUGCAAAAAGAAGAAGAAGAUAUCCUUGAUGAAGCCAUCGUUAAGUUAAACAGUUCUGUAAUUCAUUUGGAUAUUUGAAGAAUUUGGGUUUGUUGGUAUUACUAUUAUCAUAUUCAAUUUGAUUGAUGAAAAUAUAUAUCUGGAUAUUUAAUAUUUA